UAUAAGGAAUCAGUAAUGAAUCAUUCUGUGGGAAUAUUAAGAUCACACCUAUGAACUAUAAUUUGGGACUAUGGGCAUAACUCAGGAACAUGUGCCACUCCUACAUAUGUGAGGGUGCGACAAGCAAAAUACAGGGAGUGAUCUCAAGCUGGAGCCCGUUUCACAAAGAUUUCCUAAGAUGUUUCUUAAGAUAGAACUUAACAUAUGCCCCUGUUAUAAUUUAACUUAGGAAGUUCCUAAGAUGUGUCAUAGCUGUUUCACAUAACGUUCAUAGCGUAACGCACUUUAAUUAAGAAACAUUCUAACUUAGGCCGUUAUUGUUGUGAUGUACGUAAAGAACAAACUUUCAAUUCCUCCUCCCACCCUUUUUUAUCAAUUAACCAAAAUUAUAUGCCCCGCUUUAUAAAAUAACAGAAACCAUUAUUGUGUACUUCAAAUGUAGCUAAAUAUAAAUAUAUUAUUAUAGCACAUUGAUUGCAACGCACUUGACGCAUAUUUCCUCAUAAUACACAAUAAUCCGGAUAUUCCUGUUGAAAUAAAUAAAUUUCAAAUUUUGUUUAUUGAUCCAUCCAUGAUUAUUAAGAUGGCCGAGAGUUCAAUGCAUGAAAUAGAAUGGUCCAAAGAGACGGUUGCCAUCACAUCUAUUGUUGACGAUUUACCUACCAUUGUAAAAGUUGCCGAUGGUUACUACUGUGAAAACGAGGCAGAAAGUUUUUCAAAUGGCGAUCUGAUAAAAUUGGACUUUAAGAGACGUUACACGAAAGUCAAAGCUCAAGCAAUACGUGAAAAUUCUCUCCACAUGGACGAGGAGGAACCAGGUAUUGUUGAAGAAAUUCUAAUCCCUUUCGAGUAUAAUGGUAAACUGAACAUACACUGCCAAAAAGACACCUUUUACAACAUGAAAGAAUUGGUGGAACAUUUCCCAAGGUUUGUUAAAGUUGGCAAAGCGUUUAAUGCUUACAAAGGGAAGCGAUGGAAAACACAGACUCGAAUACUAACAGACGAUCAUGUAGAGCUAGACAGAGAGAUUCCUAGCAUGGGACUUGUGUGCAAAGUCAUGAGCACGAGGGUCUUGAUUCCGUAUGACACAGAAGUAUUAUUCCAUCUCAUACCGGAUAAAAAACAGUACACGGUUCGUGAAAUUGUUGAAAAGUUCAAAAUGCCACAAUAUGUGCGUUUCAUUGAAUCAGAACUCAAAAAGUUUAUGACUGAAAAUUUGAACGACGCCAUUGCAAACAUUUCUCAUAUUGAGGGCUGCUUUAAAAUUACGGGUGUGUUAAAUCAGGAGGUAUUGAUUGGUCAUCAUAAGCCCACUGGAGUGUCGUCACAGAAAAGCCAAAGAUCAAUUGCCAUUUUGCCUCUUGACAGCGAGGUGGUGCAGAAUCUGGACGUCUAUUUACCAAUUUACGAGGACAUCUCCGACUACGAACUUAUGAUGGUCCAGAAUUUCUCUUCAAACGUUAACAUGGAUGUGGUUGAAGGGAGUCUCUAUUUAGAAUUUCAAAAGAAACCCAAAGUUCUCUUUCUCCCUUCGUCCGAUUCACACCAGGAUAUUCCGCCCCCUCGACCUCCUCCCCCGAACGCAAGCAGUAGAGAUCUUUCAAUUCCAAAGGCUACCCCACAACGACCCGAUGCACCCCACUUUCAGGAUUCAGACAAAGCCAAGACUAGGAGAAAUCCUCCUCAAGUUCCACGUUCUUCGAAGCCCAAAGCGCCCGUAAAAAAAAAUGUAAAGAAAGUGUUGCCGAGGAAAGUUCCUGAGCCUACAAUUUAUUCGGACGAGGAGGAGUGUGCCUAUGAAGAAAUGAGUGCUCUGCCAAAAACGUCAGUGGUUAAACCUAUACCACGUAACAUACCAAUACCUAGGGUACAAGCACCAGUUAGACAGCAUGCCUUACCGGUCCUUACAGAUCCAAAAGCAGACAGCCUUUCCGAUGACGACUCAGAUAAUCCUUAUGAGGAGAUACCGGAAGUGCAUGAAAUAGAGGAGAUUAAACACGUUGAUGGGCAUUCGGGAGAGCAUUAUUCAAAGAAAACUGGAUUAGACUUUACGAAGUUACCAAAGACUUUCAGGGUUGGCCUGAAAAAGGUUCACCAUGAGCUAAAAAAGCUGAAACGGUCCCAUUCCACAGAACUUAAGCACCCCAGCACUAAAGAAAACCACGUUCUUCCGAGCAAAGACGACCUGUGUCUCGGCGAGAUCAGAAGUAGUGACGAUGACGACGACGGACUUGUGGAAUACGACUACCCGGAUCUGACCAAGCUCGCGUCCAUGCGGCGUCCGCCUCCUUCCGGCGAUGAUCCCCGUUAUCAGUCAUCGCCGAAGCCAAAGCCGCCUAAACCCGUCGGCAAAAUCCAGCCAAUGUCGCACGAGACAAGCGAUUUAAUGAAGUUCAGUGACAUGACUACCGGCGAGGUUGUGGACCUUUUCAAGCAGACUAUGCUGCCGGCUCUUGCGUCAGCCUGCGAGAAGGAAGGUUUGGAUGGCAGCUUUCUGAGCUCGCUGAGUGAUACACAGUUGAAGACUGUUUUUAAACUUAGUGAUCUACAGUUGAUUAAAGUCAACAAAAUCAUAAAUGACGGAUGGCGCCCACACGUAAAUUAGAUACUAAGUAUCUUGUAAGUUGUAAUUUUUUUUCUCAAAAGUCCGUCGACAUACCGUAAUUGUCUCCGAAAAACCCUUAUAUACUAUCGAAAUCAACUAUUGGAGAAAACUGCAGUCACGUUUAUCAAAAUUCGUAUAUUUUUAAUGACACUUUUUUAUAAUUUUAUGCAUAAUUUUGCGACGUGCCAUCUUAAUGUUUCGAAGGCAGCAAAAAAUAUCAAUCUACAAUAGGAUUCUCUAAUUUGCGAUUCAAAGAGUAAUUUCUUAAACACUGAUGUCCAGGUGAAAUCAAGAUUCAUCGGUUAACACAUAUACUUUUUAAUUGAAAGCAUGUAUAUGUCUUGCAACACGAUAACAGGACGGACUUGUAAGUUCUGUCUCUUGUACACCCUAUGUGUUUAUGGUCGAGUCUCUGGAACGAAAGGGGGAAUGGAUAUGACAUCACUGUGUAUAAAUUGAUAUCAAUUUAACAAGGAAGUGAUUGGAAGGUGGGUUCGACGGAUAGUCGUUUUGACAUCACAUGAGAAUGUCGGAACCUCGGCACUUUAUGACGUUUCCCAAGCCGGAACUAAAAACAAAAUGGGGUUCAUUACUUUCAACUUCCUUGUAUUCUCCAUCUGGAUAACUAGAAUCAUCCCUUUUUCACAAAUGUCCCCCAUUUUGGGAAAACCGUGACAAAGAAUAC